CUUUCUAAACCAAGAAAACACAAAAAAAAUAUUGUUAAAAAAUUAUAGUUUGUUACUUGUUAUUUUUUUUUUAUUACGAUGUUUAAGGAUAGAACAAAUGGGAAGAACGAAAAGAAAGGUAUAGUGAAGAAAUUAAGAAAGAGUCUUCUACUAGGUAAGAAAUUUUCGAUGGACGAUCAAUCGGAAAAUGAGUCAAGGGACGUACCGGAGGACGUGAAGGAAGGGCAUUUCGCGGUCAUUGCGAUGGACAACGAUGAGCUCAAGAGAUUUGUAGUGCCAUUAAGUUGCUUAACACAUCCUUUAUUCUUGAGGCUAUUGGAACAAGCUUCUGAGGUAUAUGGUUUUGAUCAUGAAGGUGCACUUACAUUACCAUGUAGACCUAGUGAAAUGGAGAGGAUUUUGGCUCUAAUAUACAUGGAGUUUGCGCGUGAUUGCUUAGCUUAGUAGUUCAAUUCUUUUUUUUACUGGUGUCAUGUUGCGACUGGAUAUUUCUGAUGAGUAGAAUGAGAAGAUGAGGGAAAAAAGAAGUGAUAGAUGAAUCCAAUUUUACUCUGAUAUCAGUUGUUAUAGUAAUAUAUGAGUCGAUUAUUUCCAAAAUCUAAUUAUUCAAUAUUCCAAUUUUUUCCCUUUGUCAUGGUUUUGAAUUUGUAUUAUCAUAUCGCAUGUUGAUGUAGUACAAUAUGUGUUUUGAUAGAAGUGGAGAAAUUAAAGAGCUCUAGUUCAAUUUUGAAGUGGAGGAAAAAGUAAUGAAA